AUGUUAUCUGAAACCACUCAUCCUAUCAGCGUAAGAGUUUACAGUAAGUCGGAUGAGGAAGAUGUCUUAGCUUUUCUGAAAGUCAUUGAUGCUUAUCCGGAAAUUUUUCGUGACAACGGAACACUUGUUGAUAUCCCGGAGGAAGACUGGAUGACCAUUCGCUUAAAAGAGAACUGGCAGGAAAAGCUACCUACCAAGGGUGCUCACGUCUAUCCACUAAGCAAAGAAUCAAGGCCUAUCCCCACUCAACCACAAGCUUGUUGA